AUGGCGGGCCCCUUCAAGGACACCCCCCUAGACAACCUCCAAGUAUCCCCAAUAGGCCUGGUGCCCAAGAAGCAGCCAGGAUAUGGUCAGCACCUGGGUAAGCAUGCGGAGGAAUUCCGUCUAAUUCACCAUCUAUCCUAUCCCAGGGGUAAAUCUAUAAACGACUUCAUAGACACAGAGGCCUGCUCCGUUGUGUACGCCAGAUUUGAUGAAGCUACCCAUAUGGUUCAACAACUGGGAAAGGGAGCACUACUAGCAAAAUUCGACAUUCAGUCGGCCUUUAGAAUUAUACCAGUCCACCCAUCCGAUUUCGAGCUGCUAGGCAUCAGAUUCGAAGGUGAGUUCUAUUUCGAUAAAUGCUUACCAUUUGGCUGCUCCAUAUCUUGCGCCAUAUUUGAAACGUUUAGUACCUUCUUGCAAUGGUGCAUGCAAUCGCAUCUUCCAACGUGUCAGAUCAUGCAUUACCUGGACGACUUCCUAAAGGGGGGCACAGCAGGCACCAGCCACUGCUCAGACAACCUCAACGGAUGCGUGAAUACACUUCAACAGCUUGGGGUUCCUAUCGCGCACGACAAGACGGUGGGCCCCACAACCAAACUGACAUUCCUAGGGCUGGAAAUCGACACCAUUGCGAUGCAGAUCAGAAUCCCAGAGCCCAAGAUCAAGGAGGCAACAAGGGAAAUCCAUGACAUCCUGUCAACAGGUAACAUCAAGGUCACAAAAAGGGCCCUUCAGUCCCUCAUAGGCAAGCUUAACUUUAUGUGCAGGGCUAUACCAAUGGCAAGGGCAUUCAGCCGCAGGCUAAUCGAUCUGCUUAGCAAAGGUAAGCAACCAUUUCACCACAUUAGGAUUACCAGCUGGGUCAAGGAAGACCUACAAAUGUGGUUAACAUUUCUUACGAGUUACAACGGCAUUUCAGUGUUUCAGGACCAACUAUGGGUGGACAGCGAUUUCCUCCAGCUGUUUUCAGACGCAGCGGGCGGCGCCGGCUUUGGGGCCUACAUGCAGGGCAAAUGGUUUAACGGCGCAUGGCCAACCCAGUGGGUGACGGAUGGAAUUAGAUACGGUGACACACGUGUGUACUUGGGGAAGGGUUGCUCGCGAAUGACCGACUAA